UUAAUAUCGUUUGUAUUUUAAACAACACGCACUAGUGGUCAGUCGUGUACAAGUGUUAAAAUAAAGAUAAAUUGAAAAUUAAAUUCACUGAAAGAGUACGUUCCAAAAUCAAGAUGAUAAGGUUGAUUUUAGUUUUUUUAACAAUAUCGCACAGCUACGCCUUGAAUAAUGGAUUAGCAAUGACACCACCAAUGGGCUGGCUGACAUGGGAACGUUUUAGGUGUAUAACCGACUGCGAGAAAUAUCCCAACGAAUGCAUAAGCGAGAGCCUAAUAAAAAGAACAGCAGAUUUGAUGGUCAGCGAAGGCUACCUAGAUGCAGGAUAUGAAUAUUUAGGUAUCGACGAUUGUUGGUUAGAGAAGACACGCGAUGAUAAAGGUCGGCUGGUACCCGAUAGGAAACGAUUUCCAAAUGGGAUGAAGGCCAUAGCUGAUUAUAUCCACAGCAAAGGCUUAAAGUUUGGCAUGUACGAAGAUUAUGGAAACCUCACAUGUGCCGGUUACCCCGGGGUGCUUGGAAACGAAAAAAUCGAUAUCAACACAUUUGUCGAAUGGGAAAUCGAUUAUUUGAAGCUCGAUGGAUGUUAUAUUGACCCGAUACAAAUGGAUAAAGGCUAUCCAGACUUCGGUAAAUUGUUGAACGCAACUGGACGAUCCAUCUUGUACUCCUGUAGCUGGCCAGCAUAUCAAGAGGAAAAAAAGAUAUUGCCAAACUAUGCAUCGAUCGCUGAACACUGUAACUUAUGGCGCAAUUAUGAUGAUAUAGAAGACUCUUGGGCAUCUCUUACGAAAAUCAUGGCCUGGUUUGGUGACAACCAGGACAGGCUUGCUCAGCACGCCGGGCCUGGACACUGGAACGACCCUGAUAUGUUACUAAUUGGCAACUUCGGUCUAUCGGUGGACCAAGCUAAAGUACAAAUGGCUGUUUGGGCGAUCCUAGCAGCACCGCUUCUGAUCAGUACUGAUUUGGCGACAAUAAGGCCAGAAUUCAAACAAAUAUUACUGAACAGAGACAUUAUAGCCAUCAACCAAGACAAAUUGGGUAAACAAGGAUUGCGUGUUUGGAAAAAAAUGGGAUCUGGAUCCAGGUCCAAAUUAGAGAUAUGGAAAAGAGAACUUUAUGACGGUUCCUUUGCUAUGGCAUUUGUGAGUUAUCGGGACGAUGGAAUACCUUACGCAGCCAAAUUUACGUAUUAUGACAUGCAAUUACCUCAGUCGGAGUUUGAAGUACAGGACUUGUACAAAGAAGAAGAAAUUCGGUCAUGGGAUGGCACAAGCGACUUCGAAGUUCGGAUUAACCCUUCUGGAGUUAAAUUUUACAAAUUCAUUAGCAAAAAAUCUAUGCCGGAGAUUUUGGAUAUAACAGUAAAAAUGAUUGUGAAGAAUCAAGUGUGUAAUUAG